AUGUCUGGCAAGCGCAUUCUGGAUGCUGUCGCCCUGUUUAAUAUUUCGCGAAAAAUUGCAACCAAGCACUUUGAAAUUCGAUUUUCUCAGGUUCAACUCUAUAGCCAAACUUCGUCGCUCAUCAAGGCUUUGAGGACCCAGGGCCUUCCUGUGGUGGCCGCGGCUGCUUCUCGGUUUGCCUCCUCUCGUUCUCCUCCCGGCCCAUCACGAGAAGGCAUAGACCAGGACCACUUCUACAAACCCUCCGAACAGAACUCGAGCUCCGAGCCACUGGCUAGCGAAGAUUUGGAGGUCGAACAGGCAAAUGCAAAGAGACAUCCCCUCCCAGAUGGAACCAUCCCUCCGCGAGACAGUCCAAUUGGUGAGGAAGCCAGUGACGGCAUUACACUCAACAAGAGACCAACCGGCGAGAGUCCUCAACACCCAGUAGGGAAACAUGCACAUGCAGACCUUUCACCCAAAUCCUCCAACCGGUCUACUAUACCUGACCCUACAUCCAACCCUCUAUCCUCUGAAGAGGUAAGAAGUCUCCAACGACAGUCCGAAGAUCAGAUACCAACAAGGAGUGCAGAGCCUCCGACCGGAGGAGAACCUAGUAGAGAGUUUGGGAUUGAACAAGAACAAGAUGUGUUCUACCAACCACCAGGAAGUGUAAAGCCUGUGCUAUCUGCGUUGCCACGGGUCCGGGUGCCCAAAACUGAAAAUGACGUGCAAGAGGGAGACUCACACAUCCCACCCGGGAUUAAUGCAGACGUCUACUACUCAGGAGCUAAGAGCCCCGAUGGAGGCAAUGAGCCUACCGAGCAGGAACUUUCCCAAUUAUUUCGCAGUCCCAAGAAUGCCAAAGCGUUCGCUCAGAAGUCCAAGUACGCUCCCGGAGUGUCAGCCCGAAGCUUUCAUACAUCCACGGUAUUUCGGGAGAAAUCAUCUGCUACAGACGCCGAGAGCAUCAAGCAGCUAGCGGCUGAUAUGGCAAAUGACGCCGCGAAGCUCAAUGCAUCGCAAGCACCAAGUGUCGAGGCGUACCAGAUGCGGGAGUCGAAAGUGCCUUCGUCGCGAAUCUCUCGUCUGUUCGAGUAUGGAGGGCUUGCAGCGUCCAUGGCAUUUGGCGCCGUGAGCGAGAGCAUUUCUCGAUCAGGUGGACCUGACGGGUCAUUGAUGUUGAGCGCGGCGAACAUGGAACGAUUGGUGGCCAAGCUUUCAAAAAUGCGUGGAGCUGCAUUGAAGCUAGGACAAAUGAUGAGCUUUCAAGAUGCAAAGAUGCUCCCCAAGCCCAUCCAUGACGUGCUCCAGCGUGUUCAAGACAGCGCCGACUACAUGCCUGCUUCUCAACGGGAUGCCGUGAUUGCGUCCAAUUUAGGCCCGGAGUGGCGUAAUUUGUACGAUCAUUUUGAUGAGCGACCCAUGGCGGCGGCGUCGAUCGGUCAAGUUCAUGGUGCCGUGCUCAGGUCUGGUCAGCAAGUCGCUGUCAAAGUGCAGUAUCCAGGCGUGGCGGACUCUAUCUCGUCUGAUCUGAAUAAUCUGUCAUUGCUGCUAACCGCAUCUCGUCUACUUCCUAAGGGGCUUUAUUUAGACAAGACGAUUGCCAAUGCACGGACAGAACUCGCGUGGGAGUGUGAUUAUCUUCGGGAAGCGGAAGGUGCUCGCAGGUUUCGAGAGCUCCUGGAGGACGAGCAUGACACCUUCUCCGUUCCUGAGAUCAUUGACGAGGCCUCUGGCAAACAGGUGUUGACGAUGGAGAGAAUGGAGGGCAUUGCCGUCACCAAGGUUCAGACUUUUACUAAGGAGCAACGAGAUUGGAUCGGAACACAAAUUCUUCGCCUGUGUCUCAGAGAAAUCACCGAGUUCAGAUACAUGCAGACCGAUCCCAACUGGACCAACUUCCUCUUCAAUUCCAAAACGAACAAACUUGAGUUACUAGAUUUUGGAGCGUCGCGGGAGUUCCCCGCCGAGUUCAUCGACCUAUACGUGAAGGUACUGGAAGCAGCAUCAAGGGGAGACCGGGCAGGUUGUGUCGACUACUCGAUCAAGUUAGGUUAUCUUACUGGCUACGAGUCCAAGACGAUGAUCAAAGCACAUGUGGAGUCUAUAAUGACACUUGCCGAGCCAUUUAUGGAUUAUGCUCCUGAUGUGUAUGAUUUCAAGGACCAGACCAUCACCGAUCGGGUCCGUGAUCUCAUUCCUGUGAUGCUGAGAGAGCGACUGGCUCCACCACCAGAGGAAACAUACAGUUUGCACCGAAAGCUGAGCGGGGCAUUCCUGCUGUGCGCUAGAUUGGGUAGUCGGGUUAAGUGCAAGGAUCUGUUCCAGUCGGCGCUGGUCAAGGCCGGGCUGCGAUGA